CUCCAUAGUUACGUGUUUCUGUUUUUCUCCUCUUCGAUUACGAAAGCUCUGCGCGUUCUCUUUUCUUCUUGAUUAAGAAGGACACAUCUUACGAGGAUUUACGUUUCUUUUAUUUAUCUCUCGAAGAUCAGAGAAACAAUUUGUAUUUUUAAUUCUUUCUUUAUUAAUUACCAGAAGACCGAUAGAGAUCUCUUCUUCUCGACAGGACCAAGAAAAAAAAGAAACAGAGAGUAAUGGGAUCUGAACAAAACGAUAGCACAAGCUUUACUCAGUCACAAGCUUCAGAGCCAAAGCUAUGUGCAAGCGGAUGCGGUUUCUUUGGAUCACCAUCAAACAUGGAUCUAUGUUCCAAAUGCUACAGAAGCUUAUGUGCUGAGGAAACUCAAACAGUAGCUGUCAAAGCUGCUGUUGAGAAAUCUUUGAAGCCAUCAUCUCCCUCUCUUUCUCCUCGACCUCGUAGCCUCUUCAUAGCAGAACCGUCUGUGAAACCCGAACAUCAUCCGGAAAAGGCUGUCCUUGCGGUAGCUGAGCCAUCUGCUGCAAGAGGAGGAGAAGAAGAAGAAAAAGAAGAAGAAGCGGUUCCUGAUGAGAACAACGAGCCGUCGAGACCUGCACGACCGAACCGGUGUUUGUGCUGUAACAAGAAGGUUGGGAUCAUGGGGUUUAAGUGCAAAUGCGGCAGCACUUUCUGCGGGGAGCAUCGGUAUCCCGAGACUCAUGAUUGCAGCUUUGAUUUCAAAGAGAUGGGGCGUGGUGAGAUUGCUAAAGCCAAUCCCGUUGUUAAGGCUGAUAAACUUCAAAGGUUCUGAAUGAAAUUCUUAAGUUCUUAAAGCAUUUGGUGGUUGUUACUCACUCAAUUGUAUUGGAGUGUAUUUGGAUUGGUUUUAAUGUAUUGUUUCUCCAUAGGGAAAGAGGAUGGAUUUGGUUCCAUAAUAAAGUGAAUCGAUGAAGUUGGUUCUUCUUGA